AUGGCGACCUUUAUUCAGGUCAAAGGCACCUCUGAUGGGCUACUCGAAUGUUCUGAUUGGUUUUUGUCAAACCCUCAUCUCUCUUCCUACGUCCGUCAUAUCGAAAUAUGGGUGCCUGUAUGGGGGGAUCGAAUACCAAAGAGCCGCCCGCGACAUUACUAUCGCCCCCACGACGGAAUCGAAGACUCGAACCUCGCCAGUGUAGCAGCUGUGCUUCAAGCGACUGUCGCUACUUUCGACAAUACUUCAAGUAAUGGCUCAAAUAGCACCAAUUUUAGAUUCUCCAGCUGCAAUGCCACGUUGCAACAAAUUUUUUCUCACGUUUCCUACUUCUUCCCCCACGCUCGGAUCUUAACGUUGGAAGGUGGCCAUUGUAAGAAGCCACCUAUGAUCAGGCAUUUUGAUAAUGACCCGUGGGGUCAAUCCGGCCAUGAACGUCUAGAAGUGCUGCCCAAUAUUCAAACCUUUGUCAUGAGAGGGGCGUGGAAUAUCAUGAGGGAUUACCAACACUGGUGUAACCUUACCAGGGCAUUGCCUAAUCUGCGUGAAUGGGACUGUGCCUACGCGAAACGAAAACUCGAAGCCAAUGUCACUUUAGCCAAAGCUCUUACCAACUUCCCCAGAACAAUUACCCGAUUGGACUUAAGUUUGGAGGGCUUCUACAAUAAAGAAAGUUCACAUUCGCGCUGGUUUGGUAUAACACAUGCAGAACCUCACCUCUGCCAAUUGUUGGGCGCCGUUGCACCCCAGUUAGAAUGCUUGACCUUUACUGGCAAAGUUUGUGCAUGUUUAUUCACCGACGCACGAGCGGCCAUGCUCACAAACCACACAGCCUCAAGGCUGAAAUCAGUCGAUCUUGUAGUGAAAUCAUGCUGCCGAGAACAACGUUCCCACGAUGAUGGCUCCCCAAUGCUCAAUGAUCUAUCCGGCAUUACCAAUAUAAAUUUCAUCAACUCGUUCGAGAAACUGGUGGUCGCUGCGCUCAUAUCGUUGGAAACAUUCGUCACCCUUAAAUAUGUGCGUAUUCGGUUUAUUGAUCUUGAUUCCGCUAGUCCCCUCGGUCUUCUCAAUCCAUAUUUUCAGCUUGUGAACAACAAAUGUAUUGGCUUGUGGAGCGAGACUAUCCUCGAUGCGCUACACGCGGCCCGACCGCAUGCAAAAUUCGAACUGCUCGACGAUGGCAUACUACCCCAAUAUGGAAUCAAUGUUCAAACCGCAUCGAGGGUGUUUCCUCGCACACGACCGCUAAGUAUCAAGGCAAGCUCGUAUAAGAUCAUCGCUGACAAAUCAAAGCUAUGA